AUGCUUCCUGUUCCUACUGUGGCUGCAGUUGAAAUUUUGAAAAUUUUCUUUUCUCAGGAUCAAAGAUCAAAAGUAACCUUGUAUCGGUUUCUUUAUAUGAGUAAUUCAGAUGAAAAUCACAAGGGUUUCAAGACGUUUUUGUAUGAUAACCUUCCGAGGAAUACUGGUCUUCACAUUCUCAGUAUCAUCGAGCAACUCUCUGAUGUUUUGAACUGUUCUUUGGAUACAAUUGUUGCUGCCAUGAACAUAGGUGAAAUGAGGCAACAAGUGAAAUGUUUGCGUGAGGUAUUGAAAAUACUGAAAGAAAAUGAUGAGAAUCAUAGACUUAGUAUGUGGAGAUAUGGGAGGAUAUUCAGUGGAGGAUUUAUGAGUGAUCUUCAAACAAAAUCAUGUCUAAAGAUUGUCUAUAUAUUAGCAGAGGCACUCAGAUCUGAGGCUCCAGAAGAACACAGUGGGAUUUUGCAGAUUGCUCAAUUUGCAGACAUUAGCGCGGAAAAUAAAAGGAACUACGCAAGUAUGGCUCAGCGGCUUUUGAUCUAUCUCAAAAAUCAAAACCCUCGCAGCAUUUAG